AGAGUGGGGAGUUUUCUAAAUAAUAAAUAAUUGUAAGCCAAAUUGGGAUAGCGCGAGCGCGCGCGCGUGCUUGGUCAGUGUAGGUAUUUGGAGUACAUCAUGUACUCGAGGUAUAAGCCCAUAAGGGGUUUGACCCCUGGUCAAUGGCGAGAACAAGGCUAGUCAGUCUCCAACUGUGUGACAUGCUAUUUGCGCAGCAGUUUGCAUUGCCCUGCCUAGGGAGGCAUAAGAAAUCUGGCGCACCGAGUAAAACAAUGGAAAGAUAUGAAAGAUUGGCACGGCUUGGAGAGGGCAGCUAUGGGGUUGUUUUUCAAUGCCGAGACAGGCAGACAGGAAAAUUAGUAGCAGUUAAAAAAUUUCUACAGACAGAAGACGAUCCACUCAUUCGCAAAAUUGCCCUUCGAGAAAUUCGUUUACUCAAGAAUUUAAAACAUCCCAAUCUGGUGAAUUUACUAGAGGUCUUUCGGAAAAAAAGGAAAUUGCAUUUAGUAUUUGAAUAUUGCGAGCACACUCUUCUCAAUGAAAUGGAAAAAUAUCCCCACGGUUGUCCGGAGCAUCUAAUACGACAAUUGAGUUGGCAAAUUCUCCAAGGAGUGGCAUAUUGUCAUAGAUUGGGAUGUGUUCAUCGGGAUGUGAAACCCGAAAAUAUUCUUAUUACUGCAGACGGUGUUGUCAAGCUGUGUGAUUUUGGUUUUGCACGGAUGCUGAGUCCCGGUGGGUGAUACCCAGUAUGGAACACCAGUUGAUGUUUGGGCAAUUGGAUGUGUUUUCGCUGAGCUGAUCAGAGGCGAGGCUUUGUGGCCAGGA